UUCGACGCCAAAGUUACUCUGUUUUGUUUUGCUGAAGCUGCUUCGGAUGCCAUCUUUCCCCUGACAAUAUAGCUUGUAGAAUGUAGAGCCUGAUAAACUUAUUUAUGCAGCGCUAAGAGCUAAUGUAGGUCCAGGUGAUGCUAGGCCAUGAGACUCAAGCAUUCUGCCUGCUCGAUGAAAUGUUCAGUUCAGCGGAUCUGGCCUCAGCGGCCAUUGGUAAUCAUUGUGUUCAACUUUUCUGACAUGUUUAGACAAGUGGACCCAUGGGUCGUCCACUACUCUGCUUUCUGUCGUCAACUUGUACUAGCAAGAGUGCUUUUGUCAUUUAGGUGGUUCUCAGGCCCUACCAUUCUGAUGGCAGGGUCUUUAAAUUUAGCUUGGCAGGAAGUUCCGCUUUACCGUCCUUUAUCAUUGUUGACUAGACUUUUUCUUUUGCCAGGGAAGUGUCUCUUUGUGCUAAGAGUUGUUGGACACAUCGUCCUCACUAAAAUCAUAGGACACAAGUGGAUGUCGUAGCCACUGGAGCUGCCAGAGGCACCAUUAAUCUCUAUGCCAUUUUGCUAAGCUGCAGCACCUACCUUCUUCAGUUCUGCAUCCUGAACCCAGAAAUUCUGUGAUAGUUCCAGCAUGAUGAAAUGCAGUACCAUGUUUGGAGUUGUGGACUAGGAGAAAGAAGCUGAUCCGAGCUGAAACUCAAGUGAGUGUCCAUACAUAUUCAAAGUCUUCACCCCAUAAUCAGAUAAAGUUCUGCAUUCUGCGUCCUUUGGAACUUGACAAGAGAAGUUUUAAAAUAUAACCGGACUAGAGGCAGCUUUAGCAUCUGGACUAUUGAAGGUUGCAGCCAACAAGUUAGUUUCAUUGAUUGCCAGCGAAUUCGCCUCCAUAAUGGGUGUAACAAAUGACCUCUCCGAGCUCCAGGAUAUUCUUGCGGAGAUUAGAAGCUGGCUCUUCACAGUUCAUGACAGAGCAAUAGAGAGUGAGCCAUCAUGUCAAUGGGUUAUAAAAUUGAAAUUUGUUGCUUAUGAUAUUGAUGAUUUACUAAAUGAAGUCUACAUAGAGGCUGAGAAAUACAAGAUAGGAAGGAAUGGUGUAAAGUACUCUAUAACUGAUGGUUUCUGCACAAAACCAAAGCUGUUUCUGUUCCGGCGCAAGAUGGCCAAUAAGAUCAAGGCAGUCAAGGAGAGAUUCUCUGAGAUUGUGAAGCAAAGAAAAGAUGUCAGUACUAUAGUGAAUAGUUUGCCUUCUUAUCAACAUCUUCAGAGAACAAAGAGGACAGAUGGGGAGUUGUCCUUGUUGGGCAAUGUUGAACAAUCAAAAAUACCCAUAAGGAAUCUGGAGAAGGAUGGUAUCAUAUCUAAGCUUAUAGAAUCCAAUGGAGAGAAUGCUUGGAUAGUUUCUAUUAUCGGGUUAGGUGGGUCUGGCAAAACUACGUUGGCCAAACUCAUCUGCCAUGAUGAAAAGAUAAAGAAGCACUUCAAAGAUACAAUAUUUUGGGUCCAUGUGUCUCAAGAAUUUAGUGUGGAAAAACUUAUUGGCAAGCUUUUUGAAGCUAUCUUUAAGCAAAAGUCAGACCUUCAAACCCAGCAGUACAUGGUCCAUGCGAUUUCAAGCAAAUUGAGUGGUAAGAAAUUUCUUCUUAUCCUGGAUGAUGCUUGGCAUGAUGACCUUCUUGAUUGGGAACAACUCAUGGUUCAAGUAAACUGUGGAACACCUGGAAGCAAGAUUCUGUUAACUAUGCGAGAUCAAAAGGUUGCAGAAGCAGCAAAAUAUAGGCAUAUAUUCAACUUGGAAUUCUUAUCAGAGGUUGAGAGUUGGGACUUGUUUCUCGAGAAUUCUGGGUUGGUGGAGGAAGAUUUGGACUCUGAGUUUAUACAAUUGGAAAAGAGGUUGUGAACAAAUGUUGUGGGGUGCCACUAGCAAUCAAAACUCUUGGAGGUGUCCUCAAUGACAGGAGGGAAAUAAAUACUUUUUUUUUAGGGUGGGAAAUAAAUACUUGGAGGGUCAUAAAAGAAAGUGACUUACAGAAUAUUGAUAAUAUAAAAGACAGAGUGUUUGCAUCCUUGAAAUUGAGCUACUUUCACAUGCCAGAUCAUUUGAAGCAAUGCUUUACAUUUUGCUCUAUAUUUCCAAAAGGCUAUGAAAUCACAAAAGACCACUUGAUUGCCCAAUGGAUAGCUCAUAGAUUCAUCAACCCAAUGAAUGAUGAGCUGCCAGAAGAUAUUGGAAGUGCUUACUUUGACUCUCUUACGAAACUCUGCUUUCUUCAAGAUGUAUCGAGAAAUUGUUGUACUUAUCAACUAGUAUACAAAAUGCAUGACCUGAUUCAUGACCUCACUUGACAAAUUUUACAGCAUGAAGUAAUGACAUCUCUGCGGAAGGAUAUGACACCAAAUUGUAUUCUCAGAUGUCGAUACUUAUGUUUGACUUCAUCUACAGAGAAGAUUUGCAGGAACUUAUUUGACAAGGUCCAUGCUCUCUAUGUCUCUAGUGGUAACCCAUCUUUUGACAAACCGAUUAAGAAGUGUUGCAAUGUCCGUAGUGUUGUUCUGGAUUAUACAAUCUACACACCAUUUCCACUGUUCAUGCUGAAGUUUCAAUUUCUUGGUUACCUAAGAAUAUGUAAUGUUAGUUGCAUGGAACUUCCAGAAGUUAUCUCAGGCUGUUGGAACUUGCAGGCACUUCAUGUUAUGCAUUGCAAAGUCUUUACAGGGUUACCUGAGUCUAUUGGAAAGCUUAAGAAGCUGAGAACUCUAGAGUUAUUGAUGGUUACAGACCUUAAGAGUCUACCUCAAUCUAUUGGUGAUUGUCAAGAUCUCCGAUCCUUGCAGCUC